UUGUCUACAGAUUACAGUGCCCACAAGCCCUUGCAACUUCCUUUCCGACAUUUCUCGGGCAGUAUGGCGCCAAACAAGAAAGGAGGUGAAAAAAAGAAGGGGCGUUCUGCCAUCAACGAGGUUGUGACCAGGGAGUACACGGUCAACAUCCACAAGCGCAUACAUGGCGUCUCCUUUAAGAGGAGGGCACCUCGCGCUCUCAAGGAGAUACGAAAGUUCGCCAUGAAGGAGAUGGGAACCCCUGACGUGCGUAUCGAUACUCGCCUGAACAAGGCUGUGUGGACCAAGGGGGUGAGGAAUGUCCCAUACCGUAUGCGUGUGCGCCUGUCAAGGAAGCGCAAUGAAGAUGAGGACUCUCCCAAUAAACUGUAUACCCUCGUCACAUACGUCCCUGUCACGACAUACAAAGGUCUGCAGACAGUCAAUGUGGAUGAGAACUAAUUAUUCAUUGGUGUGGAAAUACAUUUAUAAGACUGCAGUGUUGGAUUAUAUACAAGUUUAUACACUCACUAAUUGGGAUUCUUGAUGGAGCAAUUUUAUGCUUACAUAGUUUCAAGUUUUAUUAGUUGUAUGUACGGGAUACACAUGGUAUACACCACGUCCAAUGAAAUGCUUACAUGAAAAUAAAUUAUUUCUAGAGCGUC